GCAGGGGCUCCUGUGCCCCUCGGGCAGCAGAGCCCCCGGGUCCUGUUCCAAGGGUCUUUGUUGUCUUCGGAGAGAGAGAGAGAGAGAGAGGAAGGGAGGGAGAGUCUGAGAUGGGCGACGAGAAGGUGAAGAACGAGGCGCUGGAGAUUAUGGGUUUGUUUCAAGUGUUGCCUCGUUUGGUCGUCUUCGAUCUCGACCACACUCUCUGGCCUUUCUACUGUGAAUGCCGCUCCAAGCGUGAAAUGCCAUCACUGUACCCCCAUGCGAAAGGCAUCAUAUAUGCACUGAAGGACAAGGGAAUUGAUGUUGCUAUUGCAUCUAGAUCACCAACUGUGGAUAUAGCAAAGGCCUUUCUUGACAAAUUGGACAUAAGAUCGAUGUUUGUGUCCCAGGAGAUCUUUUCCAGUUGGACACACAAGACAGAGCACUUCCAAAGAAUUAAUAGGAGGACUGGGGUUCCAUAUAACUCAAUGCUCUUUUUUGAUGACGAGGACCGCAACAUUGAAGCGGUAUCAAAUAUGGGCGUGACCAGCAUCUUGGUCGGAAAUGGGGUAAACCUUGGGGCUUUCAGACAAGGGCUUAUGGAAUUUUCUCAGAGUUCAGGUCCAUCGAAUAGGAGCGCACGGAAAUGAGAAAAUGCAUUUAUAUGUUCAGAACUACAAUUCGAGACAUUGAAAUUGUUCUGUAUUGGCAGGGAUACUUAUUUCUAAUGCUCCUUAAUUAUGUAUUAUGUAAUACAAGAUUAUUGUAUCAAUACAGAGGAAUUCAAUCGGAAGGUUUCUAUUGACAUUUCCUCCCAGAAUGAUGCCAGAGAGUCUGGAUUACAUAUUGGAAAAUUUGAGAUUCUCAAAAAAUUGCAUUGUUGGGAUUA